AAACUUUCUCCAUAGAGCUAACAGAGCUGCUCAACAGGAGGAAAAAAAACCAAAGACAUCUACUAAAACAAAGAUUUGCAAAAAGGUAGAAGAAAAAAAUGGCAAAGUCAAUGAGAUGUAAGAGGGAAAAGAGGUUAAGAGCAAUAAGGAGAGAAAUAGUUGCUACAGAGCCAAGUGUACUUAAGAAAGAAGCUGCUAAAUUAGCUGCCCAAGAAGCUGCCCUUGCUGCCCCUAAACUUGUUGUUAAGUCUCCUUUUAGUUCCACAACUAUGGAUACAGAUGUGUCUACUUCUAACAAUGAUACUAAAAUGGAUGUGGAGAUGGCUGAUGGCAAUGAAAGUGCAAAAUCCUUAAAACCUCUUGGAAAGAAGAUGAAAAAGAAGCUUAAAAUAGCUAAGAAGAAGAAUCAUGGCAAGGGAAAGAUCAGAAGGAAGAAUGUUUAAUUGCAGGCUGUUUGUCCUCUGGUAGCUUCUGAUGGUCCUCUUGCUUAAGGUUAUAGAUAUCUUGUUGCUGCUUACUGCAAGAUCUUGUCGACAAAUUCUGCGCAUACAUUUUAGUAUUAUAUUGGAACUUGAGCAUGUGAUUUGGAUAUGCAAAUUAUGCUCAUACAAAUUUUGUUUGCUGUCAAAAUGAGCCUCAAGUCCUUGAAUUUGUCCAAAUAGAUCAUCUGUUUCCUUUUUUUCUUUUACGGUUAGUUGAAUAUGCGACUUCAUGGAACUACGAAGAUGUAGAAUGUAAACCAACAAUGUUAAGGUGUUUUAGUUUUCAGAUAAAUCAGGUUGACGUGGGAAA